AUGCAUGGAGGCCGUCGCGGUGGUGUUGUCUUUGUCCUGCUGCGAACUCGGCCGCCCUGCUGCAGUCCCAAAAGGAUACAAGCGUUUGGUCGGAUUCGAGAGGCGGACGAUCCGGGACAGAGACGCCUCCCACCGCCACCAUCAUCAAUCGCUAUGGGCACCGAUGACGAGGGUAGUAAUGACGAUGGCGAUGAUGAUGGCGAUGAUGAUGGUGGUGUUGUCCUGCGAACGCUUCACAAGGUCGCCGCCGCGAUGGGAUUCUCGGGACUGGGCUGGAAUGCGCUGCAAUGCGAUGCGGUCGAUGAUUAA